CAACAUAAAAUUUCGUCAAAAUGUUUAGUUUUUUGAAACGUGAAAAGAACAACCAGGAGGUGGUGGAGAAUGUCAUCGGUGAACUGAAGAAAAUCUACAAAAGCAAAUUGUUGCCUUUGGAGGAGCAUUAUCAGUUCCAUGACUUCCACUCUCCCAAAUUGGAGGAUCCUGAUUUCGAUGCCAAGCCCAUGAUUCUGUUGGUUGGCCAGUAUUCAACAGGUAAAACCACUUUCAUUCGUUACUUGUUGGAACGUGAUUUCCCUGGCAUUCGCAUUGGCCCCGAACCCACCACCGAUCGUUUUAUUGCCGUCAUGCACGACGACAAGGAAGGUGUCAUCCCUGGUAAUGCUUUGGUUGUUGAUCCCAAAAAACAAUUCCGUCCGCUAAGCAAAUACGGCAAUGCCUUCCUGAAUCGUUUCCAAUGUUCGUCGGUCAACUCGCCAGUAUUGCAGGCCAUUUCCAUUGUGGACACCCCCGGCAUUUUGUCAGGUGAAAAGCAACGCAUUGAUCGUGGCUACGACUUCACAGGAGUUUUGGAAUGGUUUGCCGAACGUGUUGAUCGUAUCAUUUUGUUGUUCGAUGCCCACAAAUUGGAUAUUUCCGAUGAAUUCCGUCGUUCGAUUGAGGCUCUGAAGGGACACGACGACAAGAUUCGCAUUAUCCUCAACAAGGCCGAUAUGGUUGAUCAUCAACAGCUGAUGCGUGUCUACGGUGCUCUUAUGUGGUCAUUGGGCAAAGUUUUGCAAACACCCGAAGUGGCCCGUGUCUAUAUUGGCUCGUUCUGGGAUCAACCUCUCCGAUUCGAUGCCAAUCGCCGUCUAUUCGAAGAUGAAGAGCAGGAUCUCUUCCGUGAUUUGCAAUCACUGCCACGCAAUGCAGCUCUGCGUAAACUUAACGAUUUAAUUAAACGUGCCCGCCUCGCCAAGGUUCACGCCUUCAUCAUUUCGGAAUUGCGUAAGGAUAUGCCAUCGGUGUUCGGCAAGGAUAGUAAAAAGAAAGAUUUGAUUAAGAAUUUGGGUCAAGUCUACGAUCGUAUUCAACGUGAACAUUCAAUUUCCCCUGGUGAUUUCCCAGAUAUUAAGAAAAUGCAAGAAGUCCUACAGCAUCAAGACUUUACGAAAUUCCAUUCGUUGAAACCACAUCUGCUGGAUAUUGUCGAUAAUAUGUUGGCAAAGGAUAUUGCCAAAUUGAUUGAGAUGAUACCACAGGAAGAGAUGACAAUGGUGUCGGAGCCAAUGGUUAAGGGUGGUGCCUUUGAGGGUGUUAUCGAUGAUAAUGUUUCACCAUUCGGUUAUAUGAAGGGUGAGGGUAUUGAUGCCGGCUAUGGUGAACACGAUUGGAUUUGCAAUAGAGAUAAGGAACGCACAGAUUCUAUUUUCAAUAAACUUGGACCUGUUGAUGGCAAAAUUUCUGGCCAAGCUGCCAAACAAGAACUUAUCAAAUCGAAAUUACCCAAUUCAGUGCUUAGUAAAAUUUGGAAACUAUCCGAUGUUGAUGGUGACGGUUUCCUAGAUUCGGAUGAAUUUGCCUUAGCCCUACAUUUAAUCAAUGUCAAAUUGGAGGGCAAUGAAUUGCCCAAUGUGUUGCCCGAUCAUUUAGUGCCACCAUCGAAACGUUGCUAAUUUUAAAUUUGGUGUUGG